GAAUCCAGCCUCCUCUGAUACAUCAUAGGGGAUGGUUGUUGACUCUGAAACUUUGCUCUCUGUGAAGGAGAUUACAUAGGCAUGCAAUCAGCAGCGAAAAUGAACCAAAAAAAUUUAUUUUCUACUAAACUGAGUAAAUCAUUUUCCCAGAGGGUGCUUCUGACAAAUUGAGUAAAGUUUGAGGGCAUGCAUAACUUAAAAGGACCCCAAAAGCCGUAACUGAACCCAUUAUUUACCGGCGGUGCGACUUACGUGGUGAGCUCCAAUAGAAAUGGCUGUUGGUUGAGACAUCGCUUUCACUGAAGGGAACAUGGUGUUGCGUUGGAAAGUCCUUAUCUUUAUUUAAAGCAUGCCUUGGGAAACACACGGCUACAUUCAGGAGUGCCUGCUCGGAGGGGAUUACUGCAUCAUCCUCCACCGAAGUUUCAAAUCUAAUCUUCAGCUUGUUUUUGUGCAAAUCAAAGGAAAACAGCCACCAGAUCAGAAGAAACUGCGGCAGUGCGGCUAGCAAGAGUCUGCAGAGCGAAUUGUAUAUCAAAACCAUGGGUUCUGUGGAAAAUUGUUCUGGAUCAGAAUCAGAAGUGGUUACCAUUGACUUUCAUCAAGCUAAGAAUCUGAUUGAUUCAGGUUAUGGGUAUCUUGAUGUUAGGACAGUCGAAGAAUACAGGAAGGGACAUGUUUCUGCAGAAAAGAUCUUCAAUAUUCCUUACAUGUUCAACACACCAGCAGGAAGGGUGAAAAAUCCUGAGUUCUUGAAGGAGGUUUCAUCUCUCUGCAAUGAAGACGAUCUUCUUAUUGUGGGCUGUCAAAGUGGAGUGAGAUCCCUCUAUGCAACCGCUGAUCUUCUAACAAUUGGUUUUAAGAAUGUAAGCAACAUGGGAGGGGGUUACCUUGCCUGGGUGGGGAAUGGGUUCCCUGUAAAGAUGGAGGAGAUUCAUGUUCCUGGAAAGCUGGAAGAGAAGCCAAAACAAGAGAUGAAGGUGAUUCCUGUUCCUGCAAAUGCGGAGGAGAAGCCAAAACAAGAGAAUCUUGAGAUUCCAGUUCCUGUAAAGGUGGAGGAGAAUCCAAAACAGGAGAACGGCGAGAUUGCUGUUCCUGUAACCCUGGAGGAGAAUCCAAAACAAGAGCCUUGAGCUCUGAUCAUUUAAUGAUGUGUAUUUAUCUACAUAAUCAACGGUGUUAUAAUUGUAUUGCCAGAAAAUAAAAAGUUAUGAAGCCUAUUUACCAUUUUAUCACCAGAAAUCCAUCAAGAAGAUCUUCCGUUGAUCGGACUUCACA